UUUUCAGUGGGACCGUCUCCAGUGCUGUCACGGCGGUGUGCAGGGCGCCACGCAGCUUUUUCCCCGCGGCGCUCUGGGAAUACUAACGGCUCUGUGAACGGAGCAGCUCAGCUCCCCGUUCCGGUACCGAGUCAUCUGUGCGACACAAAGACUGCGACGUAGGGCUUUUUUUUGUGUGUGUGAAAGAGAUUUGUCCCCCGUGGAAGUGCUGAGGAAACAAAACAAGAAAGAAAAGGUCUGCAGAGCGGUGCAGCUUAAGUCCUCUAACUCUGCAGGCUGCUCUUCUUGGUGGACUCCCACAGUCAGAAGACGAAAGCAUCUAAAGCCUGGGGGAAGUUAAUGAGAAGAUUCGAUCAGCUGGUACCUCACAUCUUCAUCUACUACGCCCUCUUAUCUCAGCUAUUGUCUUCCUCCAGCUUCAGAGUUGACUCAAGCACAUAGUACAGUGGUUGAAGUCCGCUGUCCACUGCCAUUACAAAUCUGAAGAAAGUCCCACAAUAAAGAAGACUGCAGACGCUCUUUGAAGGAGAACUUCAGAGGGGUUUUUGACCUCGGACAACCCACCAAUAGCUCCAACUUUAGAAGUCCGCCCUUCGUUAUGCCCCGCUAAGGCAAUUACCUGAGAGGGCGGGAUUUUCAGACCUACACAAGCUGUGGGUUGGGCGAUUCCGCUACGGACCAUGUUUCUCUGGUGAGGUCCUACCUUCUGCCAAAAUGAGGCAGAAGCCUGGAUCGCCCCCAAUAAUCCUGCCGGCUUUCGUGGCCCUCGCCUUGGUCACCGUUUUACCUCAGCUGUCCUCAGGAGUCAUGCCUUUCCCCCAAGACCUGGAACCCAUCCACACCGUGGGCAGAGAAGCCUCGUACCUGUAUCCCAGCUUCCGGGGUCUCAUGUCGGACAACAACACGGCUCGCCUGGGCCUGGACUUCCAGAGGAUGCUGAGGAUCAACCACAUGCUGUACAUCGCUGCUCGGGAUCACGUGUUCGCAAUCAAUCUGGCUUCUUCAUCGGAGCAGAUAAUCCCACAGCAGAAACUCACUUGGAAGACAAAGGAUGUGGAGAAGUGCACAGUGAGGGGCAAAAACAGCGAUGAAUGUUACAACUACAUCAAAGUGUUGGUGCCGCGCAACGACGAGACGCUGUUCGCCUGCGGCACAAACGCCUUCAACCCCACCUGCCGCAACUAUAAGAUGUUGACGCUUGAGCAGGAAGGGGAGGAGGUGGUGGGACAAGCUCGAUGCCCCUUUGAGUCCCGUCAGUCCAACGUGGGUCUCUUUGCAGGUGGUGAUUUUUAUUCGGCCACCAUGACUGACUUCUUGGCCAGUGAUGCAGUCAUUUACAGGAGUCUGGGAGAAAGCAGUCCUGUUUUACGUACUGUCAAGUACGACUCCAAAUGGUUGCGAGAGCCUCAUUUCCUGCAUGCCAUUGAGUACGGGAACUACGUGUACUUUUUCUUCAGUGAGAUUGCAGUGGAGUACACGACUCUUGGCAAGGUGGUUUUCUCCCGGGUCGCGCGGGUUUGCAAGAACGACAACGGGGGUUCCCCGCGGGUGCUGGAGCGAUACUGGACGUCGUUCCUCAAAGCCCGGCUCAACUGCUCGGUUCCCGGGGACUCCUUCUUCUACUUCGAUGUUCUGCAGUCGCUGACCAACGUGCUGCAGAUCAACCACCGGCCGGCUGUGCUUGGAGUCUUCUCCACGCAGGCCAACAGCAUCACUGGCUCUGCAGUCUGUGCUUUCUACAUGGAUGACAUAGAGAAGGCCUUCAACGGCAAAUUCAAAGAGCAGAGGAACAGCGAGUCGGCAUGGACGCCGGUUCCAGAGGAACAGGUCCCAAAACCAAGGCCCGGCAGCUGUGCGGGCGAAGGCUCCGCCGCCGCCUACAAGACGUCCACCGCUUUUCCCGACGAGACUCUGACUUUUAUCAAGUCAUAUCCUCUGAUGGACGAGUCCAUACCAUCCGUCAACGACAAACCCUUCUUCACCCGCACUACCAGCAGGUUCAAGCUGACCCAGAUAGCAGUGGAUACUUCCGCCGGGCCCUACAAGAACCACACGGUGGUAUUCCUGGGUUCAGAUAACGGCCAUGUGCUGAAGAUCCUGGCCAGCACAGAGGGAGCCAACGCCUCCUUCAGUACCCAACUACUGGAGGACAUCGACGUCUACAACCCUAACAAAUGCAACAUUCACGGAGAGAACAGGAGGGUUCUGGGUCUCGAGCUGGACCGGGAUCAUCACGCGCUGUUUGUGGCGUUCUCCAGCUGCGUGAUCCGUGUUCCUCUCAGUCGCUGCUCGGAGUACGGAAACUGCAAAAAAAGCUGUUUGUCUUCUCGGGAUCCGUACUGCGUUUGGCUCAAGUCAGGCAGCUGUGUCACCGUUUCACCUGGUUUCAGAGGAGCAUUUGAGCAGGAUGUGGAGAACGGGUACGAUCUGCAUCCAGAUGUCUGUCACGAUCUCCUGGCAACCACUCGCAGGGAAAACACAGCACUGGAUUCAGCGUUUGGAAAGACCACACCCACAAGCGCCAGCACAACCCAUCAGGGGGCCGCGUUCCCAAAGGAGGCAGGUGACUCUGAAAGAGGUACAGGUCCUGAUCGCCCUCCCCCUGUGGGGGAACAAGGGUCACCUGACUCAGAGCCAAUCAGUGUGGAGAUGGAGGGUGUGAGACGACCUCCAGAGCUGGAGCGGGCCAACCACAGUGUCCAUUACACCCUCCUGAUUGCUUGUGUUUUGGUGGCCUUUGUCCUCGGGGCUGUCGUAUCUGGCUUUUUGGUUUCAUGCUAUUGUAACUACACGGGCCACAAGACCAAGAAGUUGCCAAAAGAUCCUGAAGCUCCAAUCCCACAUGCUCUGUCACUCCGCAGUUUGGCCAAGCUUAAUGGCCUCUUAGACAGCCAGAGCAAGGAAGACAAGCUGGAAGUAUCAUCUCCAAAGAUCUACAACUCUUUUUUUACCAACAGCAAGGAGCACCACCCACAAAGGAGAAAUGGGCAUCAUGGAAUGACGAUGGGGGACCUGGUCCACCCCCACCAUCACCACGUGCACCACUCUUCAGAGCUUUCUGGUUUGCCAACGCCAGACUCAACUCCAGAGUUACCCAUUAAAAGCAUGAAAGCCUUUAAAAACCAGUGGGAAAAGAACCAGAACUGCAACAACGCCAAAGAGCCAAAGUCACACAUUAGCUCUAGACCAAGUUCAAGCCUUCUCCACCAACAGGUCUUCCCCUACUCACAUGGUCUGUCAAAUGGACAGCCAGUAGCCGGUCUUCUACAUCCAGAGGAGCGCAAAAUCCACAAUUCAGAGCGCGUCUUAUCUCAACCUUACCCUGGUUACCCUCAGAAUGUGAUGGAAGUGACUUCUCUGGAUGAGCUCCUAAAACACAUCCAUGAAGCAAGCGGUAGCAAGCACGCCCAGUUGAUGAGUCCAUCGGGACUGAUGGCCAGCACUGGUGGAGGACAGCUGGCUUUCGCCAACAGAGUUCAACCUCAGAUUCCAGAGACAGAAUCGGCUCCCUACUACAGCUCCUCCACGUUACCCCGGGACAGUCUGACCCGUCGCAUGGAUGUUCCUCCUGACAUCCCCCAACACCAUCAGUCUACCCUGGAGAGGAGGCACUCUUCCCAGCGGCACUCACUGAUUGCCGCAGCCACUAAAAUGCCCAGUGUAGGCGCAGUAGGAGGGGCAGGAGGAAUGAUCCCCCGCCAGCACAGUUUCAGCCAACGAAAUGGUGGCCCCCAUCAGCCCCCAAUUUUGGCUAGAAUGAACUCAACAGGCAGCACUUGUGAGGUUCACUAUCCUCUCAUCCCCAGUGGGUACCUACAACGUCAACACAGCUACAAUGGAGAGCAACAGGAAGUCCAACACAGGGGGGCCAUUAUCCGCCGAGCGUCAUCUCUCAAGCCUGAUGUCCCUCCUAAGCCUUUGUUCAUACCUGCCACAUCCCCAGUCAAUGAACAAGGAAAGUACAACUACUGAGGGGUGCACUCAUGGACUUGAGGGAGUUGCCCUCAUGGUGUCAUCUUUAAGGAACUUUCCUUGUAAGAAACUGUUUUGAGGUUCACUACUUGACUUUCAGAUGAAAACACAACCAACUUGUGUGACAUCCAGUCUCACUGUGGACAGAAGCCUCAACCAAACUUUUUUUUUCUGUUGUUUUUGUCCGACAAAUAUCUUUGUACCAUAUUGGUAUUGUUCAGCGACUUGCUUAAUAACAAACUGCUGACUUGGAUGGCGUGAUGCCACCUCCUAAUACAAGGCUGCCAAUGUCCUCAAUGUGGAUUUACAAUGCAAGCUGAUGUUGGACAAAAUCUGACUCAUCGGUCAACUUGAAGACUUGGAAGCUGAAGCCUCCUGCACCUCUUCGCAUCAUGCUUUUUGCUUAAUCUUUUCCGAUGUAGUGUUUGUAUUCAGUCACCACCAAUCCCUCCCUUGAAUGUGUUUAUAUUAUGCAUGUGUGUGUAUAUACAUGUGUGUUUUUAUCCACACCGUAUAUGUAUACAUAUACAUAUGCAGUAUGUGUAGCCUGUGGUGAAAGUCAACAAUUCCCCUGAAAGUAGUUAUGUCUUUGCCUUACUAUACUCUUUCACCUUUGGGGAUGUCAAGCAAUCCCAAAGAAACAUCACACCAACACCAUCCGAGCAGUUUCUCUGACUAACAACAUUUAGUUCUGGUUGACACAACAAAGGGGAUACUUCAAGAACAUAGCUAAACUUGCCUUUUCUCAACUCCGUUCUUUCCUCUCCUCUCAACCCAAACCAGGCUGUAAAUGACUUACUUGGUUACAUUGAAGUUCCUCCAGAGUAGUUCUGUUCGACUGGUGCUUCACAAAAUGAGCGGGUCUGACAUAUUCAGAGAUGUUUUGGACCCAAUGAGGAAACCAUAGACCUGAAGUCAAGGAUAUGAACAGGAAACAUAACAGACUGCAGUUGUUACAAUUAAUUUUGUGAUUAUUGGUUGUAAAUAAAAGAAUAAGUACUAGCCAAAUUUUAACUGUAUGUGUAAAUGUGUGCCUUAUUUAAUAAUAGUGUGUGACAUGGGGGCAGUGCAAGGGGCUCAGAUGGCCACUAUGCUACAGUAUAUUGUAGGUGUUCAACUCUCUAAUUGUUAGUAUGUGUCAACCAGUAUUGCAUAUUGGAAGAGUUUUAUUCCAGAAUAACUGUUUUUUUAAUACAUAUUUUGGAUAUUUUUCCCCAUACGAAAAAUAAGAAACGAUAAUAUUUUAUGUCUUGUUGAAUGUAUAGGUACAUUUAUUUUUACAAAUGUUCUACUUUUAAUUAAAGAGCAUUAAAUACAAUUUUGAAAAAAAAUACAUCUCUACAGCAGAACUGCCCAAACCUGGUUCUGGAGAUCUAUCGACCUGCUUGUUAUUUUGUUUUAUCCUGCCCCACUCGCCGUUGAUUAGACUACAGUCACAUAUCCCAAAAUACCACUGCGCUGCAACCUAAAUUUUCUAAAGUUUUCAGCAAAUUCUGCAGGUGGCCGCGCAGUGGCAUCUGUGAUCAGGAGGUGGCAGUCGUAUUUUUACACGCCACACGGCAGCCGCAAGGUCUUAAGAAAAAGUGCACAUUAAACGGCAACUGGAUGAGAUUUUUCACAAUGGUCAGUGGCCGCCCAGGCACAUUUGGAGGUCGCUCGUUGCCAGUCCAGUGACCGCGUGGUAGAAAGGCAGCAUCAUGAGAAUUGAUUGAUAGGAGGGUCUCCAAGGUCCCGGAAAAUUGUAUGAUGAUCGACUAAUUUCAGACUGCCAUCCCCCGACCUACAGUGAUUGACCUUUUGAUUGUUUGAAAUCGUAUGGGAGCAGCUGUUGACGAAUGGGGAGACAGCAUUGAUGCUACACAAAACUCAUCAUGGCGAUAUCCCCACAGCGACUCAGGGACCUGCGUCUCAACGAAUUGCGAUUGAUGCUGAGAAGAAUACGAAGACAAAACAUUGUGCUUGCUGCAUAGAAGAAAAGCAAUGCACACAAGAAGGGCAAAGUUGAAGAAGUUGUUGGAUGAGGCCGUGGUUGCAGCACACUGUUUUGAUUGGACAGUAAAAAUAUGCUUUAUAUAGCCUCAGGCUACCAGCCGACUGGCAGCUGGUUGCACUUGAAUUGGACAGCCGCCGUCCGGAGACAUUUACACAUCGUCUAAUCAUAGCUGCUGCCAGCCAGCUACUCAGCUGACACUACCCUGUGGCCGCCCGAUUUUUCCUAAUGCCAUCGAUAUUUAUGACCACGCUUCCCCAUCGUGCAGUGGCACUUGUAUUUGUGACCUUGGCAUUAGCUGCAUCAGACUGCUCUAGAUUGUAAUUGGGUGAAUACAGAUGUGUAACCCUUGUGCUAUCCUAGGUACUUUAACAUUGGGAGUUGGGUCAUCUAGAGCCCACAAGACAGUGCACUGAACUUUUUUUCUUCAAUGAGUUGUGAUCUUCACUGGUGUCCAUGGAUUACAUGAAAUCCUCUUCACCUUUAUCCACCUUUGUCAUGGUAGGGAGAACAUGUCAAUGUAAACAUGGGGUCAUCUAAGAUAGCGCAAGGGUUAAGGUCCCAUUGGAAAACCAGCAGGUGGAUGGCAGAUCCUAUGGACAAGGGUUGAACUGAAUUUACUGGUAAAGAUAUAGAUGAUCCAUGUUUUGGAAUAAAACUCUUCAUUGGAUUUUUUUUCCUUUUCAUCCCAAGAGUGUGAACCUUCAAAUGUUUUGGGAUAGCUUUGGCAAAAGCUUGUGCACAGCCUGAGACUACAAGCAUUCAGAAAUUUCCCUUUAAUUUCUAUUGUUCCUUCUUUUUUUUCCCAAAGAAUUCACAAGUCCUCUAAGCCUAUAAUCGGUAGAUCCAUAACUAAUGCAGAAUAGACCUCUUACCUUGGAGAAAAAGGAAAUUCUAAGGAAAUUGAUUUCUGGUUGUUUGGUUCUCCUUCAGUUCUUACUCGUGUAGGUUCAGACCGUCUUCUGACACCGAGUGUCCACUUUCCAAACAAGAGAGGAAACGUGAGAAGUGCAAUGAACUGUCGUUCCUUGGAUCGAUUCUUGGUAUGGUGGCUCCAAAUCCAAAUGUUUCUGUCUUCUGAGGGUUUCCCUCAGGGAUGUCAAUGCCAGCCACUUCUCUCUCUGACACAUUAUCUCGUAAAAACCCGUCUCUGUUGUGCUUUCAGAAGAGUCUCUUUGGCUGCAGUUGCUUGGAACCGUGAUCAAUUCUGUGAAAACAGCUUAGCAUUGUUUACCGUAGCUGAAAAUGAUAUUUGGCCAAAAUCUCCCAGAGCUCAUUCGAUCUGCUAUAACAUUUACUGCUCAUAUUUUUCAGGGUUUAAAUAAGGACAACUGUGGAAGAUCCCAGUGUUUGGUCUGAAAGAAAGAAAUAACAUCUGGGUGUCAACAGCAUUAAAUCAUUUUUCACAUCCGACUUGAUUAAAAAUUGGGGGAUGACAAUAUUUUAAAAGAUGAAUUGUGGGGGCUGUAGUUAUAAAGUGGACUGUUUUUUUGUUUUCCUUAAUCUGCCGGUCACAGAUUAAAUGGAAUCAGGGAGUGAAGUUUCCCUCUAUAAGCUCAGUAUGUCAGGAUUUGAUUUGGUGUAAAUACAUUCUCUUUGGAUGGUGUUUCAUUGAUUAUUAUAUCAUUUUUCUCUUUGAUUUCCAGGAUUUACCUUGACUUACUAUGAAUUUGGUCUCAGAGUACCAUUGUAUGUCUCUUAUACUAGGAAUAAAUACAAUUUAAAAACCUGAA